AUGUUAUUGCUAUCUCUCGAGUGUUUACCCCCAGAAGUUCUCCUCCGCAUCCUCUUCUUCCUGGAGAUCCCCGACCUGCUCCAAGUGAGUCGCACAUGCCACACGCUGCGCGAGAUUGCUUGCGACCCUCUGCUUCACCUCGAGCGACUGCAUCACGUCUCCUAUACCCUAUCCACCCUGCUAGCCCGGCGGCCGUCCAAGUCAGCCAUUAGUCCUCCCAAUUCUUGGAUCUGGCUCAGCAGGACCAAUGUUCUCUCGCGGCAAAUCAGCAAGAGUUUGAUUCGCAUACGCCUGAGCCAUAACCUCGAACACAGACCCAGUCCGUUUGACCUGGUACAGAGGGCCAUCCUCCCGUCUACAUGCACCAGUUAUUCCUCGCCGGUUUCGCCGGUCCUGAUACAGUCACAGCAGGCGGUCCAAAGGAGCAAAUUAAAAGAUGGACUGUGUCGCAAACUAGAGCGCCGCCCGAGCAUGAACAGUCUGGUGUCACUUAACAUCAUGCCUGAAGAGUGCGUCCGACAAAGUGUCUCGCCUGCCAUCGUGGCUACGAGGCGCAAAGUGAUUAGAGAGAGCUUGAAGGAUGGGCUUCGUGCGUGGGUUGAAGGGCGCGCCCUACAGGCACAAAAAAGGAAAGCAGACGAGAUGGAUGCAACGGAGAAGACUACAGUAAAGAGCCUGGUGAGGAGGUUCGCCGCAAGAAAGGUUGCUGUGGACUUGGAAUGCAGGCGGGUAAGUCGUCUCGAUCCAGUGAUCGCAGAGAAAAGGAGGGCACAAGCGAAAUGGGGCAGGGAGGUAGAGCUUGCAAAGAAGGAUGAAGAACGGCGAGCUGCUACCAACGGUGCCUGUGCCCAGCCGACGAGAGCGCAUGUCCUGGGGCUCAAAAAGUUCUGGGAAGGAGUUAUCAGGGCGGCUGCUGGAUGA